UACAAAUACAUUAUAUAAAUCUUACAACAGGGAUAGUGAUUUGGGUAACAUAAGUGUUGUGUAUAAUAUAGCAAAUGCGAUAUAAUUCAAGAGAUGACUUAUUUAUGUUGUAUAAACUACCUUUUAAGUAACAUUUAAAAGAAGUGUUGUCACUGUAAACUAUAAGCAACACCUUUGAUAAGUGUUGCAAACAUAGUGUUGACAAAGACCAUUUUCCCCACAGGCCUUAUGUACCAAUUAAACAAAACAUGCAACAUAAUUUUUUAGUAGCAACUAAAACAACACGUAAACUUUAUUGAGAGAUAAUAAUUUAUUAUAUAUCAAUUAAGCAAAUAUAUUUUGUAAUUCUUUCAUGAUAUAAGUAUGAAUGAAAAUUCAUAAAAUAUUAACUAAAUUGUUGACGAUCUCAACAAUUUACUUACUCAAAUGUUUCAAUUUUUUUUAACUUAACUCACUUAUUAUUUACUAAAAUUACUUUAUCAUACCUAUUAUAUUCAAUAUCCCAUAAAUUUGCAUAACACAACUUAUAACUUAUGUAAGAUAAGUUAACAUUACGUAAUUGUUUAAUCAAAUGUAAAGUAGAUUACUGAUGGACCCUCUAUUUCAGCACCUAUCAUCUCAUACCAAUGAGUAAUAAGGACGCCAAUAAAACCACCACAAUUUCCUCCACAUGGCUACAAUGGUGGCAUGACAAUAUAUUUAUCAUUUACAUGAAUUGGGUGUUUAAGUGGUGUGCUAGCUAAAGGUUUCCCUCUAGCCACUACCCUAUUUACCCAUUCAACUACACGUGGAGUAAUGGUGGAAAGACCAAGGUUUCUCUUCUCCAUCAAUUGAUCAAUUAAUUAGUUUGCUAUUUACCUCUCUAUUAAGUCCUAGGGAAGCCACCUAACAUCACUUUCCCAUGCUUCCACGUAUGAAAGACAAGGUGGACAUGUGUGUUCUUUAUUCUCAAUUAGUUGGGUCUUAGAAGGAGGUGGUGUUCUUUGUCUUUCUUCUUCUAUGUCUUACUCUUACGCUCUUAAUAUGUUUAUUUGUUAUAUUCUAUUUACCCUAACCAGCAUUGCACUCAGUCUUGUUGGUUGAGUGAAUUGUUUUUUAUACUCAACCAGUCAUCGCACUCAGGGUUGGUUGGAGGUAAAUGUAUUAUUGUUAGUCUUCACGCGCCACCCACGCCAUGAGCAGCAGGCACCUAUAAAUAGGAUGCUCAUUUAUGCUUUCUUGAUAGUUGAUAGGGAACGGAAUUUUUGAAUCUCUCUCUCUAGAGCCGACUUACUAUGCCGCUCACGGUUACCCUCCUCUCAAAUACUAACUUGAGCUUCGGAGAAGGUCCCCGCCAACCACUGCUGGCGGGUCCUUUUGUUUUGCAGGUGUCCAUCUCUGAGGCUGGUGGUGGACGUCGGCCAAGAAGAUCGGCGCUCACCGGACCUCAAACACAUUGAUUCUAGCUCCUCGGAGCUUGGCAUCAACAAUUGGCAGCCACCGUGAGGCCCGAUGAGAUUAAUACCAACAAAUCGUCAAUCCAGCAAGACGAGGUGGACACGCAGGAUCUGCAACCCGAAGCCGGGAUUCGUCAAGAUGCAACUCCAAACAUCAAUCAAGUUGCUAUCUCCAAGCAUCCAGGAUCCCAACAAGAUGGAAAUGUAGGAUCUGCAACCCGAAGAAGGGAUUCGUCAAGAUGCAACUUUAAACAUCAAUCGAAUUGUUAUCUAUAAGCAUCGCGGAUCCCAACAAGAUGGAAAGGCAGGAUCUUCAACCCGAAGAAGGGAUUCGUCAAGAUGCAACUCCAAACAUCAAUCAAGUUGUUAUCUUCAAGAAUCGAGGAUCCCAACGAGAUGGGCAUGCAGGAUCUGCAACCCGAAGAAGGAAUUCAUCAAGAUACAAACCAAACAUCAAUCAAUUCGGUAUCUCCAAGAAUCGAGGAUCUUCUGACCAUGAUUGAGUUGUGUCAAUAUUUGGUGUGGAACUGCGGGCCCUCAACCGAACUAGUUUCUCCGUCGAUUUGUCGCGAAAUCAUAGGAUCCUCCAAUCCUCUCGUGGAAUGGCGCCCUGACAUCAACAAUUGACACUUAUAGUGAGCCUUGAUGAAAAGUUACAUCAACAAUUUGCGCUUGCUAUGGAGCCCGGUGAAAUUUUUAACAAAUUAUCAUUGUCAACGUCAAACCCACUAGGAGAUAUGGUGGAGAAACCUGAUGUCGGGGGAUUCAAAACGAGGCCGUGGGGGCACCAAUUUAGGUCUGCCUCUCGUAAGACCUACGUUUUAGCGGAGAAACCAUGUUGUCUACUUUUUAAGUAGGCACAUCUCCAUCAAUGAGGUCAAGGGUUCAAUUCCCCGCGAAUUGCUAUUGUGAAAAAAGAUCCACUUUAUCACCCACACCACUCUGCCUCCAUCUCUUCCGAAUCUUGACGGGACAACUUUUGUAUCAUCAUCCCCAAUCUGGCAGGGGAACCUCUUCCCUUCUCAUACUCCAAUUGAGAAAAAUCCAAGUAUGAAAAAGUUUUUGUAAAAUCAAAAACUAUCUGGUAAUACCUCCUAAACUCUCAUUUAUACUUGAUAUCAAAAUUCUUCUAUGAUGUUGCAGAACCCAAACUAUUUUCCUUAUCACUCAUACACGGUCAGCACUAAACACACAACAUAAGGCUGCAAUGAUUGGCAUUGGUCGCCUGCAACAAUUGGUUUGGUUUGUGUACCAUGGUUGGCACGACUCUCCAUGCGUGGCCCACAUUAUUAGUGCAACCUGUCUGUCACAAUUGACACGGUUUUCCAUGAUCUCUCGCCACUACGGUGCACCCAUUCCCUAUAAUUGGCACGACUCUCCAAUAAUUGCUCGUCCUAUCUAUCUUAGCUUUAUAUGCCAUGAUUUAAAUCACUCAUUUAGAGAUGUGUUACCAAUAGUAAACUUUGAUUUCAACCUUAAUUUUUCUAUAGGUAAGGGUGCAAUUGAUGGACCCUCUAUUUCACCACCUAUCAUCUCAUACCAAUGAGUAAUAAGGAUGCCAAUAAAACCACCACAAUUUCCUCCGCGUGGCUACAAUGGUGGCAUGGCAAUAUAUUUAUCAUUUACAUGAAUUGGGUGUUUAAGUGGUGUGCUAGCUAAAGGUUUACCUCUAGCCACUACCCUAUUUACCCAUUCAACUACACGUGGAGUAAUGGUGGAAAGACCAAGGUUUCUCUUCUCCAUCAAUUGAUCAAUUAAUUAGUUUGUUAUUUACCUCUCUGUUAAUUCCUAGAGAAGCCACCAAACAUCACUUUCCCCAUGCUUCCACGUAUGAAAGGCAAGGUGGACAUGUGUGUUCUUUAUGCUCAAUUAGUUGGGUUUUAGAAGGAGGUGGUGUUCUUUUUCUUUCUUCUUCUAUGUGUUACUCUUACGCUCUCAAUAUGUUUAUUUGCUAUAUUCAAUUUACCCUAACCAGCAUUGCACUCAGUCUUGUUGGUUGGGUGAUUUGUUUUUUAUACUCAACCGGUCAUCGCACUCAGGGUUGGUUGGAGGUAAAUGUAUUAUUGUUAUUCUUCACACGCCACCCACGCCAGGAGCAGCAGGCACCUAAUAGGAUGCUCAUUUAUGCUUUCUCGACAGUUAAUAGGGAAUGGAAUUUUUGAAUCUCUCUCUAGAGCCGGCUUACUAUGCCGCUCACGGUUACCCUCCUCUCAAAUACUGACUUGAGCUUCGGAGAAGGUCCCCGCCAACCACCGCCGGCGGGUCCUUUUGUUUUGCAGGUGUCCAUCGCGGAGGCUGGUGGCAGACGUUGGCCAGGAAGAUCGGCGCUUACUGGACCUCAAACACAUUUAAGCAGCUUGGCAUCAACAAUCACAUAACAUCGUUGUAUAAUCGUUAUUAAAAUAUAUUACUUAAAACUUACCAAAGUGACUUACUUGAACUGUUUUGUGAAUAAAUUUAUUUCAACUAAGUAAUUAAAUGAGUGAAUGAAAUUCUAUUAAAAUU